AGCGCCGGCCCGAGNCCGAGGCCGGGUCUGCGGAGCGGCCCUGAGGACAGACGUUGGGCUGGGGGGAGGGGCCGGCCCGGCCGGCGGUUGUUACUCGAGCGCCGCGGCUACAGGCCCCCCGCCGCAGGGAUGGACCGCCGAGGCGGCGGUCGGGGCGGCGGAGGCGGAGGCGGCCGGCCAGGGACGUUUCAGAUCAGCGGCUCCUACUCAGGGGAAACAGCACCUACUUUCUGCGACUGUGGCCUCAAGAUCUGAUUCGUGCCGCCCAGAGCUGUUUCCAUUUCUGCUCAAAGUAUGGGAAGUAACCUUGUAGUGUGUUGUUCUUCUGGCCCGAUCCUCAUGGAUGGUUGUACGCCUUAGAAAGCUCUGCGUUCAGCAGGACCGCGGGUAGUUUGAGCUUUGGAGACAGGCCGGUGGAGGCGGUUCUGCCAGUGGAUAAGAUGCUCCAAGUCCAUUGCAGCUCUCCUCGAAAGAAAGUCGCUAGCGCUCUGCUCUUGCCGUGAUACCAAACCUUCCAACCUCUGCUUUGGUGCUGCCACCCUGGAGGGAUUGCACACAGGUUCCAGGAAUACUUUUUUUUUUUUUCAUUUGAGUGAUUUUUUGUGGAUGGAAAAAGAUUUGAGUCUUAAUAACUACCCUGUUUUAAAGCUGUUUCUCUACAGUCUGAACUGCGUCAUAAAUCGGGCCACUCACCCAUGAGCCACACAGCCAGCUCUCGUCAGGAGCUGGUGGAGAGCUGCGCGGCGCGUGCAGUAGGAAUGGCACAGGAAGACAGCCGUCGUGCCCCAGUGCCAUCUACCUUUUACCAUGGUGCCAACCAAGAACUUGACCUGUCCACCAAAGUGUACAAAAGGGAAUCAGGAAGUCCUUAUUCUGUGUUAGUGGACACCAAGAUGAGCAAGCCCCAUCUCCACGAAGCCGAGGAACAGCCGUAUUUCAGGGAGCCAAGAGCAGUGUCUGACGUGCGCGCUGUGAAGGAGGACCGGGAGAAUUCUGAUGACACGGAAGAGGAGGAGGAGGAGGAAGUCUCUUACAAAAGGGAGCAGAUCAUAGUGGAGGUAAACCUUAAUAAUCAAACAUUAAAUGUCUCUAAAGGGGAAAAGGGUGUCUCUUCUCAGUCCAAAGAGACUCCUGUUCUUAAGACAAGCAGUGAGGAGGAGGAGGAGGAGAGUGAGGAAGAGGCCACCGAUGACAGCAAUGACUAUGGAGAGAACGGAAGACAGAAGAAGAAGGAGAAGGCGGCGGAGAAGGCCAGCGUCACACAAAGGAGAACCAGGAGAGCCGGCUCCGUGGCUGCGGCGACCACUUCCCCGACUCCCAGGACUACGAGAGGGCGUAGGAAGAGCGUGGAGCCGCCGAAGCGGAAGAAGAGGGCCGCCAAGGAGCCCAAAGCGCCAGUCCAGAAGGCCAAGUGUGAAGAGAAAGAGACUCUGACCUGUGAGAAGUGCCCCAGGGUGUUUAAUACUCGCUGGUACCUGGAGAAGCACAUGAACGUUACUCACAGGCGUAUGCAGAUUUGUGAUAAGUGUGGCAAGAAGUUUGUCCUGGAAAGUGAGCUGUCCCUUCACCAGCAAACAGACUGUGAAAAAAAUAUUCAGUGUGUUUCCUGUAACAAAUCCUUCAAGAAACUCUGGUCCCUUCAUGAACACAUCAAGAUCGUCCAUGGGUAUGCAGAAAAGAAAUUUUCCUGUGAAAUCUGUGAGAAGAAAUUCUAUACUAUGGCUCACGUGCGGAAACACAUGGUUGCGCACACGAAAGACAUGCCCUUUACGUGCGAGACCUGUGGAAAGUCGUUCAAGCGCAGCAUGUCCCUCAAGGUGCACUCCUUGCAGCAUUCUGGAGAGAAGCCCUUCAGAUGCGAGAACUGUGACGAGAGGUUUCAGUACAAGUACCAGCUGCGCUCCCACAUGAGCAUCCACAUCGGGCACAAACAGUUCAUGUGCCAGUGGUGCGGCAAGGAUUUCAACAUGAAGCAGUACUUCGACGAACACAUGAAAACACACACUGGAGAGAAACCCUUUAUCUGUGAAAUCUGUGGCAAAAGCUUCACCAGCCGCCCCAACAUGAAGAGGCACCGCAGAACUCACACAGGCGAGAAGCCCUAUCCGUGUGACGUGUGCGGCCAGCGGUUCCGCUUCUCCAACAUGCUUAAGGCCCACAAGGAGAAAUGCUUCCGGGUGACCAGCCCCGUGAACGUGCCGCCUGCUGUCCAGAUCCCACUGACCACUUCCCCGGCCACCCCAGUUCCUUCUGUGGUGAACACACCCGCCACCCCCACCCCUCCGAUCAGUAUGAAUCCUGUGAGCGCUCUCCCCCCCCGGCCCAUCCCCCACCCCUUCUCACACCUCCACAUCCACCCGCACCCUCACCACCCGCACCACCUUCCCAUCCCUCCGGUCCCGCACCUGCCCCCACCUCCCGCUCUCUUCAAGAGCGAGCCUUUAAAUCACAGAGGCCAGGGCGAGGACAACUUUCUGCGGCACCUGGCCGAGAAGAACAGUUCCGCACAGCAUCAUUAACGUCCGCCUCCUCACGUGUGUUCUCCCCGAGUCGUGUGCCCGCGUGUGCGUGUGCAGAGAGGGAGCUGGUGAGCACUUCUGUCGCCGCCAGACUCCCCUCAGCCUCCACCGAGAGCUUUGUCAUCGUCUUGGUGAAUCGGCACGUCCGAGGGAAUGAACGCGAAGACUACCUUGAGCUCACGGAGGGAACUGUCAUCUAAACCAGGGGAACCACCGAACUCAAGCCCGUCUUGCUCGCAUUUUCUGGUGACUUUUAUAAAUUUCAAAUACUCAGACUUGUGGAAUUUUAUAAUUUCAUAUCAGCUCAUGAGGUAUGCUUGCUUUUAUAUCCCGGACUUCUCCUCAAAGAGGGGACAGGCCUGGUUUCCUUUGUACUAAUCGGGAAGGCUGUGAGAUUAAUCCAGAGCAUUAAUUGUAUCACUGUGUAUCGUAACAAAUUCUUUUCAGCUUUUGGGGCUGGCUUCGGAAUGGAGCCGGCCGUGUUUCCCAGUAUAUCCAGCAUUAUAGAGAAAGACGGGAAGUGUCUUCUUUGUGUAGCUCUCCUAACGCACUCUUUAUUUUACUACAGAAAUUAUUUUAGAGUUUUUGUAUAGACUUCUUUAGUGGUCUGUUUCUAAAAUGAAAUGUAUUUCAAUAAGCGGUGUAAUUUUUUCAGUGUAGCUGGGCCUAUGUUGUAAAAUAGAAAAAAAAAUUUUUAUAAUCAUCAAAAUGUGAUUCUUAAAGAUGCAUAUAACUUCUAUAGUUCAAAGUUAUUCUUACAUCCGUACAACUCAAAGGUGCUGCAGAGAGACCAGCUGUAGGUGCGAGGGUCUCCAGACACCAGGUCACUGCACGAUGAGGUGUCACUUUCCGAACUUGGCGUUAAGUCCUUGCUAGGUUUUCAGAUCUCUGCGUCACAUUCAAGUGUCUGUGUGUUAGGCUCGUCGACAUGCUCCUGUCCUCCACGUUUCACUUGGUGGGGUCACCGCGUUCCAUGGAACAAAGAUUUGCAGGGAGCUGGACCUUUUCCAGGGGGGGUCACCUCAAGCUUGUGGGUUUUAAAACUCUGAGUCAAGCUGCUUGCCGUCAGGAGGAAGAAGUGGUGGAGGUUUCGUGUCCUCGGUCAUGUCUGUGUCUCCCUGUCCCCAGAGCUUGCUCGUGUCCCACCUGUGGUGACGACAGAUGGAAGUGUCACGACACGCUGCUGGUUUUGAGGUUGCUGCGUUUCUCUAGAGUUGUUGUGACAAGGUAAAAUAGUACACUAAGACCACAAACACGGUGUCCUGACAGUAGCUGAGAAGUUGGGAGGAGAACUAAUGGACUCUGGGCUUUCAGAUGUCUGUUCAUCUGUGGAUAUAGCCACAGCUUGGAGCCCUUCUGUCACAGGGUCAGUUGUAGCAAGGGAAAGAAAAUGCCUACGUUGGGCUACCCUGUUCUCUGCAGAUAAUUAUGGGACAGCAGUGUUCACAGGUGGGGAGAGCAGCGUCUCUAACACCCUUAAGACAGGCUCCUUUUUCAGGUUUGGGAAGCUUCAGAGAAGCACGGUCAAUCAGGAGCUUCUAUGGGGAAGGCGGAAGAGAAGGGCUCACUUUUUGCUCGUAUUUAACUGAUCAGAUUUCUCCAGACUCAGUAUAGCUAAAAACCGUGGUGUUGGUUUUUGUUUUUUAUCUCAGAGAACAGAGUUCCAAAACUAGGUCUGCUCUCUCUCUCUCUCCCUCUGUGUUUUAAUCUGGACAUGUCUUCAUUUGUGUUUCCUCAGGCUCCUAGAUCAUUGCCUAAAUCAGAACCCUGGCUUUUAUUUAUUUUUAAUAUUAAAUGUGCAGAUAUGUUUCAAGCACUUUUCUGGCUGAUUAGCUCUGUGGUAGGAAAAAAUGGAACUCUCAAGUGAGGUCAAGUCCCUAUUUUGUAAAUACCACGUUCACUACUAGCUUUUUGGUUUAAAAUUUCCUCACUUUUUCCUUCUGGUUAUUGCCUUUCCUCUUCUAUGAUGAGCAUAGGAAAAUUUUGGAAUGAGGCCGAAAAGUAUCCCAGGACCUACUUUUCUUCCUGUUUGUGGAUGUCAUUUUUAAAGAAUGUUAUUUUAAGUCUUUGUAUACAGUUUCUGGACACCCAGGUACCCAAACCAAUAAGGAAAGUUAACUUCUUGUUUGUGACCGUUAUUUCUUUAGUGGCUGCCUCCCCUUACCCCACAAGCUCCUCCCAUUCCACGACAAGUUUGUGGGCGGGUCUACACCUUCAUGUAGACAUGUCAUUACUUAAUGGCCAAGCCUGUAAUACUAAGAUGGUUUUUUUUUAAAGAUGUAAAUUGCAACUUAAUUGGUUUUAGUACCUUAUUUUAUUCUACAUAAACUUACCGUAUUGGGCAGCAAUUCUGAAUUCUAGACUUGAGACCGUUAAAUCAACCAUUUUAUGAAGUGUACUAUAAUUAUACACUGGAAAAUUCAGGUAGUCAUAUUUGAUUUUUUCAUCCAAGUGAUUAUAGCCAUAAAAAAAUGCCUACUACAUAGGAAAACCAGUAUUAAGCAAAUAAUCACCACCACCCUUAACAGAAGCAAAAAAAAAAAAAGAUUUUUUUUUUUUUUAAUAAGCAUUGUCACAUAAUACAGUUCACAGUGAAAUGUAUUAUGGAACAAUCUAGAAACUUCUAAUUUUUUUCCCUA